UCAGUGUGAUUGCUGCGGUGUAUAUGAGCACCCCUCUUUGUGUGUGCGGGUGUGACAGCUGUUGGCCCUACCUGAAACAAAGUGGGCUUUCUGAGCCGCUAGCGUCAGUUGAGCCCCGCACAAGGUGAAGGCACCAUGAAGAAGUUUUCUCGAAUGCCCAGGUCAGAGAGCGGUGGAGGCGGCGGCGGUGGUGGUGGUGCUGGUGGUCUUGGUGCCGGAUCAUCUGGAAGUUUUGCCAGCGGCGGGGUGACGGUGGGCAGAUGUUUCACCAUUGGCCGUCAUCAAGUGACAGUGGAGGAACUGGUGGCAGAAGGAGGCUUUUCUACUGUGUUCUUGGUUCGCACUCAUGGGGGGCUUCGUUGUGCUCUAAAGAGAAUGUACGUGAAUAACCUGCCCUUAGUAAACAUGGCCAGAAGAUGGCCAACAAAAUGUAAAGAGCUAUCGGGACAUAAAAAUAUUGUUGGAUAUAUAGACUGUGCCAUUAACUCUACCAAUGAUAACGUCUGGGAGAUCCUCAUCCUAAUGGAAUAUUGUAGAGCUGGACAAGUCGUGAAUCAAAUGAAUCAGAGGUUACAGUCUGGGUUUACUGAGGCCGAGGUAUUGAGGAUAUUCUGUGACACAUGUGAAGCAGUUGCAAGACUUCAUCAAUGCAAAACUCCAAUUGUACAUCGAGAUCUAAAGGUUGAGAACAUUCUGUUAAAUGACAGCGGGCAUUUUGUACUCUGUGACUUUGGUAGUGCAACAAACAGAUUUCUAAGCCCUCAAAGAGAUGGAGUAAGCAUUGUAGAAGAGGAAAUUAAAAAGUAUACUACUCUGUCAUACAGAGCUCCUGAAAUGAUCAACCUUUAUGGGGGAAAGCAGAUUACCACAAAGGCAGAUAUCUGGGCUCUCGGCUGCUUAUUGUACAAGCUUUGUUUUUUCACCCUUCCAUUUGGAGAAAGUCAGGUUGCGAUCUGUGAUGGAAGCUUCACCAUCCCUGACAGCUCUCGUUAUGACCACAGAUUGCAUUGUUUAAUUAGGUAUAUGUUGGAACCUGAUCAGGAACAAAGGCCUGACAUCUACCAAGUGUCAUACCUUGUCUUUACACUGGCAAAAAGAGACUGUCCAGUACCUAAUGUAUAUAAUUCUAUAAUUCCCCAAUCCUUACCUGAACCAAUGACAGCGAGUGAGGCAGCUUCUAAAAAGAGUCAAAUCAAAACCAGAAUAACAGACUCAAUGGGACCCACAGAAACAUCCAUUGCUCCAAGACAGAGACCAAAGGCAUUUGCUGGCACAGCUGCAACAAAGGUGCUAAAUAUCCAAAGUUCUGUAACUCCAGUCAAGAUGGCAGCGCAGAGUCCUCCAAAUCAAAGCUCCAAUGGUAAAAACAAUUCCUCAUCAACAGACACAGCAGCAAGACCUGAUAAUGGACCUGAAGUACUUAUGGUUCAGGACUGUAACCAGCAGACCCCACAGCAGCACAGAGUUUUACAGCAGCUGCAGCCAGGUGACUGGAGGCUACAGCAGCUCCAUCAGUUACAGCAACAGCAGCUGAUCCAGGAAGCCUAUAUGCAGCAGUAUCAACAGGCAUUUCAGCAGCAAAUUCUUCAGCAACAAUAUUUAAUGCAGUCUCUAUACCAGCAACAACACCUUCCGCCUCAGUAUGCAGCCAUGGUUCAUCACUAUCAACAUGUACAAAUACAACAACAGCAACAACAGGCUUUUUUACAGCAGCAGCAACACCAGGCUUUUUUACAGCAGCAGCAGCAGCUGCACUCUCCUCGGUAUCUGACAUCUCCUCAAGAGUUCACCCCGGCCUUCGUUUCCACUCCCCAACCGGAACAUGUGGGAACUGUGAGAAGUAACACCAGCAUAUCUAUGGGCGUCCCAGACAAAGAGCCUGCAUCCAGUUUCCCAAAGCAGAAUACCAACAAUCCUCCUGAUAUGUCUGGCUGGAAUCCAUUUGGGGAUGACAACUUCUCCAAAUUAACAGAGGAAGAGCUACUGGACAGGGAAUUUGACCUACUAAGAUCAAAUAAAAUCGAGGAGGGCAGAACAUCCACCACUGCCAUCCCUGCCUCGCAGAAUAAACAUUCAGAGGAUGCAUUUGGUUCUGUUCCAUUUAUUUCUGCUUCAGGUUCCCUUGGAAAAAUAUCUGAAAAAGUAGCUGAUAGUGCUGCUAAAGUGCCAAGCAAAGAUGUAAAACAAAAUGAAUCUUCAAAAGAGCAGACGAAGUGGCAGAAUAUACAAGAAGGGCCUGCCUUUCGGAAGACUGCAAAAGAAGGAGCAGACUCUGAGAGUGACUUUGAAUCAGAUCCACCUUCUCCCAAAAGCAGCGAAGAAGAGGAUCAGGAAGAUGAAGAAGCAUUACAGGGGGAUCAAGCAGUUUUUCAUGAAGACAAUGAAACUGAGCCAGAAAGUAUUGGACAGAGACCUUUGUUGAUGGAUUCUGAUGAAGAAGAGGAAGAAGAAAAACACAGUUCGGACUCAGACUAUGACCGUACUAAAGCCAAAUUGUCUAGUGUGAAUGCUAACAGUAGCAGGCAAGCAAAAGCUCCAGAAAGUAAUCACAAGGAAAAGACAGCUCAGUCGCUAAACAAAAAGAAUGUGACCAAUGCAAGUAAACAACAAUUAGAUGCUUUUGGGGCUGUGCCAUUUUUCUGCAUUAGCACAAAAAAGAAUCAACCUGAGGAGCAAUGCCUCAAGAAUCCUCCCACAACAUUAAGGAAUGCCAGAGAACAAGAUGAAUUUGAUGUGUUCUCACAAGCGCCAUUUAGUAGAAAGCAAGAUCAGCAGGACGAUCAGGUCACAUCUCCAGUUUCUUCUGCUAAUGUGGACAUGUUUGGGUGCGCACCCUUCCAGCCUACACAAGAAACAAGCUCAUGUAAUGAGCAGGAUCUUUUUGGUUUGGUGCCCUUUGAUGAAAUAGCUGAAAGCCAGACACUACACAAAGUUAAGCAGCAACGCAACAUGCAGAAAAUAUCCUCUCGCCAGAGACGUACAAAACAAGAGACAGCAAACAACAAUGGCAAACGUCAUCAUGGCACUCCUUCUAGCACGAAGAAAACCAUCAAGCCCAGUUACCGCACUCCAGAAAAAGUCCGUCGGCACAAAAAAGGAGGGAGGCGGGACUCGCAAAGCAGCAACGAGUUUCUCACAAUAUCCGACUCAAAGGAAAAUAUUAGCAUUUCCCUUACAGAUGUGAAGGAUCGUAACAACAUUUUACAAACAGAUGAAACCAUGGUGGACCCUUUUGGUGCCAAGCCCUUUCAUCCUCAAGAUUUGAAACAACCUCAGCAUCACGGACUUGCAGAUUACCGUGGAGAUCACCACCAGGCAACAACUGGCAGACCAAGACAAGGUUCACUACACGGAGCAUAUCUUAGCAGUGAUAAUGUCAAAAUGGAUGACUUUGGUGCAGUGCCUUUCACAGAAUUAGUGAUACAAAGUGUAACACAUCAGCAGAGCCAGCAAACACAGGCACAGCCAUUAGAUUUAGACCCAUUUGGUGCAGCUCCCUUUCCUUCAAAACAGUAGAAAGUAGAUAUAUUUUUUUUUUUUAUCAUAUGCGUUUUUGAUACUUACUAUAAACCUGUCUUAGACAACAGGAGCAUUAUCCUAACCUUUGACAUAUUUUAACACCUAAGCCAGCGUAGCCUGGAAACUUUUUAAAAAAUGUCAUUUUAAAUGCGUUAUUCAAAAUAUGAUAGCUUUAAUAUAUCUCUCAUGAGAGAGCACAUUCCUACUUAUUAAUUGCACUUCUGAAGUAACGUUUUAUUAGAUGGUCCAAUGAUCACUUAUGUACAGUUGGAAUACUGUGAAUAGGCACUCAGAAUUGCAUAAAUCAUGAUUUAUAUGUUUUUUUAAACUCUUAUAGCAUGAAAUCUUCUGUUUUUUACUUUGACCUGCAUGUUUUUUUUUAUCUAGUCCACUUUCAGUCUCUGUUACACUGGACAAUAUUUUCUCUCCAUUUGUUCUGUUUAGUUCACCAAAGCCUAUAGAUAUAUUUUCUGUUUAUCUUUUUUUGAUCACUGAUCAUGUGAUCUUGCUUGUCAGAAUUAUUUUGGCCCUACUGAAUUUAAUAGGGGACUAUUCAGUAACCAGACAGGCAUUAGAAGUGUGGGUAGUAAAAGAUUAUUGGAAAAAUAAAUCAUGAUGCUGGAUCUUCAAAGGUAAGUAUAACUUCAUACACUAACUGCCUUUUAUUGUCCUCCGCCCUCACA